AUUAUCUCCUCUCCCUUAUUGAGAAGGGCUCAUGGUCAACGUUGGUUAUAGUCUUAUAGAUGAAAUGGGGAUCUAAGACGACAACCCAGAAUCCGAAGACAGUUCAGGAAUCUAGGCGACAUUAGUAUACCACAAUCUGUGUGCAGACACUGGCGAAGCACAGACAGUUGAAGUAUUAAAACAAUUUUUAAAUCGUUUCGCUGCAAAUUAUCCAGGUUAGCACAACAUAGAGCAAAAUAAGCUCUAUUUCAUCGAUAUACCGAGAUGGAAAUACCUAGUCAAGAAAUUCACAUCAUGAUUGAUAACACAAUAUCGAGGCGCAAAGAGAGAAAGACUAACCUCGCAGAUGCCGAACCCAUUGUCCUGAUGUCUGUUUUGAGUAGUCUCCAUGCGGGAUAUUUCAGAAUAAGCCUUUCUCUAUGUAGCCAAGCAUUGUUGUGGAAGAUUAUGGUGCAUUUGCAUAGCGAACUCCCGUCUAUGGCGUAUUAUCUCCUGUGGUACCUAGCACUUGCAACACAAGUAUCACUCUGUUUUUUGUAUGCCUUCAAGUGUAUUUUUCUCUUUGACAUGGUGAAGGAAGAGUUCUCGCACUAUAUUGGAGUGAACUAUCUUUACGCUCCAUCCAUUUCAUGUCUUCUAUUGCUUCAAUCAGCUCCUAUGAUAGAACCACACAGCGUUUUAUAUCAGACACUAUUCUGGAUCUUUGCUGUUCCAGUCUUGACUUUAGACACAAAGCUUUAUGGUCAAUGGUUCACAACAGAGAAAAGGUUUUUAUCGAUAAUGGCAAACCCGGCAAGCCAAGUAUCGGUAAUCGCAAACCUAGUGGCUGCGCGGGGAGCAGCAGAGAUGGGUUGGAAAGAGUGUGCUCUAUGCUUAUUCUCACUUGGAAUGGUUCACUAUUUGGUCAUCUUUGUUACACUUUAUCAACGCUUACCAGGCGGAAACAAUUUCCCAACCACGCUAAGACCGGUUUUCUUCUUGUUUUUCGCUGCACCCGCCACAGCAAGUCUAGCUUGGAACUCUAUUUGUGGAAACUUUGAUACUAUAGCCAAGAUGUUAUUCUUCCUUUCACUCUUCAUCUUCAUAUCUCUGGUUUGUAGGCCAAAUCUUUUGAAGAAGUCGAUAAAAAGAUUCAAUGUCGCAUGGUGGGCUUACUCGUUUCCUAUCACAUUUCUCGCUUUAAACUCGGUUCAGUACGCGCAAGAGGUGAAAGACCAUGUCGCUUCGGUCUUGAUGUUUAUCUUCUCAUCCAUGUCAGUUUUGAUAUUCAUCAGUGUGAUGUUACUGACAGCAGCAAAUAGCAAAAGAUUACUUAGACGUGAUCAUGUCCUCUGGUCUUCUACUGGUCCAAAAGACAAAUAAACAUCGUGUAUGGCGAAACUUGUAAACCAAAGCUAAUUACCCAUAAAAUAAUGUAUGUAAAAGUAGUUACAAAACUAGCUGGAUAAAAAAUUUCAGUUGGAAGAUCAACCAACUACAGACUACUAUGUAAUACAAUUUGUAGAAAUUUCUACUCUAAUUAC